AUGCCACCGAUUUUACCUGAUUCAUCGAUGUUUGAUAUAGCUGAACCUUAUCAAACAACGUAUAAUAAUGAAUUAUUUCUAGCUCGUGAUAUUUUGAUUCGAAAACAUAAACGAAUCUAUGCCGAAGAUACUGAUAUUCGAACUUGUGUUCGAAAACUAAUGACUUUAGCAUUAUUGCCAUUGGACAAAGUUCAAAUAACAUUUGACGACUUACGUACAAAUUCAUCAGAGAAUACCAGACAAAUGUUGCAUCAAUUAUUUUUAUAUUUUGACAAUCAUUGGAUGAAAAGUAUUCCAUUAGCACUUUGGAAUGCUCAUGGAUACAAUCAUCGUACUAAUAGUAUAUGCCAAGAUUUUCAUAAUCGUCUGAAUCAGUGCAUUCAAAAAUCACAUCCAAAUAUUUGGUCUUUCAUCAAGUGUCUCCAAGGUGAAGAAGCUCGAUUUAGACACAUGUUAUUACGAAUCAAUGUUGGUGCUCAACGUCGGCGAAAAAUAGUAUCAACCAAUGCAAUACAACAACGUAUUAAUACUUUAAAUGAAUGUUAUACAAAUAAUGAAAUUGAUCGUAAUCAAUUAUUAGAUGGGUUGUCAUUAAUUGUAGCAAAGUAA